ACUAUAUCAUAAUAGGAGCAUCGUGGCAUAGAACUACUAAGUUUACGAUAUUGUCAUCCUUAAACAUUGGUUACUCUUAGCUGUCGUCUAAAUUUGUUCAUGCGAUAGUGAGAGCUACCAAUCCCAAGAAACAGAGGUUAGUAAGGUUCCAUUUCCAAACUCAGCUAUGGAAAGUGGUGUUGUGGGUGUGAACCAUGAAUGCAAGACAACUUCCACCAUCACAAUUAAGGGAAUUCUCAGUCUCUUAAUGGAAACCAUUGAUGAUGGCAGCAGCAAGAGAGUUAUUUCACUUGGCAUGGGUGACCCAACACUAGCCACAUGCUUCCACACCACCAAAGUUUCUGAAGAUGCUGUUGCUGAUACUCUUCAAUCUCACAAGUUCCAUGGUUAUGCUCCCACUGCUGGACUUCUCCAAACCAGAAAUGCAAUUGCUGAAUAUCUGUCACGUGAUCUCCCUUACCAGCUAUCAUCUGAUGAUGUUUUCAUCACUAGUGGAUGCACACAAGCUAUUGAUGUUUCGAUGGCGCUGCUUGCUCGCCCCGGUGCGAACAUCUUGCUUCCAAGACCAGGCUUCCCAAUCUAUGAACUUUCUGCGUCAUUUAGACAAGUAGAAGUGAGGCAUUAUGAUCUUCUGCCAGAGAAAGGUUGGGAGGUUGAUCUAGAUGCUAUUGAAGCUCUUGCAGAUCAGAACACAGUUGCAUUGGUGAUUAUAAACCCUGGGAAUCCUUGUGGAAAUGUGUAUAGUUACCAUCAGUUGGAGAAGAUUGCAGAAACUGCAAAAAGGCUUGGGACUGUUGUGAUUGCUGAUGAAGUUUAUGGUCACCUUGCAUUUGGGGCCAAUCCCUUUGUACCAAUGGGAAUUUUUGGCUCUACUGUUCCUGUUAUCACUCUUGGAUCCCUAUCUAAGAGAUGGAUAGUACCUGGAUGGAGGCUUGGUUGGUUUGUGACAAAUGAUCCAUGUGGUACUUUUAGGAAACCUAAGGUAGUCGAGCGCAUUAAAAAGUAUUUUGAUCUUUUGGGCGGUCCAGCCACUUUCAUUCAGGCGGCAGUACCUCGCAUAAUUAAGCAGACUGAAGAGGUUUUCUUCAAGAAAACCGUUGAGAUUUUGAAGUAUACCUCAGAAAUAUGUUGUAAAAAGAUAGAGGAUAUUCCAUGCAUUUUUUGCCCUUGCAAACCUGAAGGGUCCAUGGCUAUGAUGGUGAAACUGAAUCUUUCGCUGCUGGAAGAUAUUAGUGAUGACAUUGAUUUCUCUUUCAAACUUGCAAAGGAGGAAUCUGUUAUCAUUCUUCCAGGAACUGCAGUAGGGCUUAAAGAUUGGCUUCGGAUCACUUUUGCUGCUGACCCUUCUGCACUUGCAGAGGGCAUGGAUAGGAUACAAUGUUUUUGUCAAAGGCAUGCUAAAAAACAGUAAAAACAACAAUGGUGAAUCCACAAAUAAGGUGUUAAUAAUUUGUUGGCAAGGGGCUCUUUCUCCAUAAUAAAAUCUUGGCCAAAUCAAUUGGUGAUUUGCUUCAUUGUUUCCUGAUUUUCUCAAGUCUAGGGUGAUUUUUUGCCCAUUGUUUCUUGUUAUGUUUCUAAGUUAUCAGUAUCACUGUGUUUAUUUAAAUGAUGAGCCAAUAAAAAAGCCACAAUGAUGUUCA